AUGCCCCUCUCUGUUUCUCGCUUCGAAUCACUGCUCCGUAACCACCCUGACAGUUCAUUGGCUUCGUAUGUUAUUAACGGCCUCCGCUGCGGCUUUGACAUUGGCUUUACCGUCAACCGCAUAACUAACCAGCACUCGUCCAACCUCUCAUCAGCAUUCCAGCACUCUGCAUUUGUGUCUGCACAGCUCGCCGCUUCCUGCAACGUCAGCCACACGGCUGGCCCAUUUGACUCGCCCCCAUUCCCAUUUAUGUACUGCUCUGGCAUUGGCGCUGUUCCGAAAAAGAAUGGCAAACUACGCUUGAUACACCACCUGUCCAGCCCUGCCGGCUCCAGCGUUAACGACGGGAUCCCUGCCGAGCCUUUCUCUUUGCAGUACAUCAGCAUUGAUGAAGCCAUUAACAUCAUUAUGUCCUCCCCGUCUCCUGUCUAUCUCUCUAAACUCGAUGUGAAGAGUGCUUUUCGUCAAAUACCUGUCCGCCCACAAGAUUGGCAUCUCCUCGGCAUCCUGUGGCAGGGGAAGUACUACUACGACCGUGUCUUGCCAAUGGGCUCCGCUCUAGCCCGGCGGUAUUUCAUGCAGUGGCAGCCACCAUUGAAUGGAUAA